GGCUCUGCCAAGCGCCAGGGCAGGAAGGGAGGCGGCCGCGGUGCCAUUCUUAAAGGGGCCCGAGGGAAGGCGAGAGGCUGCUGACUGCCGGAAGGAAAAUGAGUGAGUCUUUGGUGGUUUGUGAUGUUGCUGAAGAUUUAGUGGAAAAACUGAGAAAGUUUCGUUUUCGCAAAGAAACGAACAAUGCUGCCAUUAUAAUGAAGAUUGAUAAGGAUAAACGCCUGGUGGUACUGGAUGAAGAGCUUGAGGGCAUUUCACCAGAUGAACUUAAAGAUGAACUACCUGAACGACAACCUCGAACCUUCAUUGUCUAUAGUUAUAAAUAUCAACAUGAUGAUGGAAGAGUUUCAUAUCCUCUCUGUUUUAUUUUCUCAAGUCCUGUUGGAUGUAAGCCUGAACAACAGAUGAUGUAUGCUGGGAGUAAGAAUAAGCUAGUCCAAACAGCCGAACUAACCAAGGUAUUUGAAAUAAGAAAUACUGAAGACCUAACUGAAGAAUGGUUACGUGAGAAACUUGGAUUUUUCCACUAAUGUGAAGUUCUCUGUUUCUAAAGUAUUUAUGUAUUAACCUGACCAUACUGGAACCAGACAUAAAUACUUAUUUAUGCCUAAAAAUGCACUGUUACUUACAGUUUGUUUCCUGAGUAAAGAAAAUCUUCAUUUGUUCAAAGUUUGAACAAAUAGGAAAUCAUCUUCAUAGUAAUGAAACUUUGUAAAAUGUUUCCUUAUAUUUGUAAUAGUUAGUUGGACUACUCUCCAGGGACUUUUUGCACUCUUGUGACUAAUUUCUAUAACUUAUGGUUAAGAAUUUGUUACUAUUUGCAGACACCAUCGGAAAGUGGGUAUUGUGAUAGACAACAGUUGCCUCCUUUUGACAAAUACUGGAUAUUAGCAGUUUAUAUAUAAAAACAGCAUAUUAUCACUUGUCAAAAAUUUGAAAUUAAUUUGGGGUAAGAGACUUGAGUGACCCAAUUUUGAGCCAUGAAUAAUAAUUUACUAUAGUGUAACCUGCAUUACAAGUACAUUUUUCAUCAAUUCUAUCCCUUCUUUGGUUUCCUAUAUUUUUUUGAUCAAGUCCAGAAACUUGGUUCAUCAGUCGCUCAUUCUUAAGGUCUGGGAGUUAGAUUUUAUAAUUAUAACUAUUCUUAUGGAAAAUAGCAUCUUAGGAAUUGAUGGGUUGUAACUAAUCAAGGGCUUUAUUCUUGGUUAUGUCAUUUCUAGAGAGUUUUGAAUCUAGGUUAAUAAUACCUUAUUUACAAAGCACCUCUUAAUGUCCUGUGAAAACUAGUUAUUUUAAAGUUGUUAAUACUGUGCCUUUGAUUUAUUAGCUUUAAAGUUAGUUUAAGACUUUUACACUGCCAAUAUUCCAGAUUUGGCAAAAUUAAUACUUUUGUAAAGGGUCCAAGUAAAACAACUUUCUAAUGUGUGCAUCUAUAAUUUGUAAUAAAAUCAACUUCAUAUUUUUAAAAUUCCAAAUGCUUGCAUUGGUAAAUGUGUGGCAGUUGAGAGUUAUAAUUUUGGGCAUAUUUGUGAUUAGUUUUGUGCCAUUGGAAAAAAAUUACUUACCUUAAAACCUUGGCCAUAGUUAAUGAUAUUAACACAUUGAUAGAAAUUUCAUCAUUUUAUACCCUGAAUUUCAGAAAAUAUUCUAAAUCGGACACCUGCCUUGCUAGAUGAUGGCACCCUUGGCAUAAAGCAAGAAUUCUAAUAUAUAGUGUACUUUAAAAGCAAACAAGUAAGUGACUGUUUGACAUUAAUUAGAAAAAAGAUCUUGAGACUCUAAGGACUAACCACAUUUGGUGAGUGAAUUCUUAUAUCAAGAAUAUCUUAGUCAUUUUAAAACUAGCAAAGGCAUUUUUUUUUUUUUUUUGUAUUGGCAUAUUUUUCAUUUAUAUGGUCUUUGUCUUUUUUUUUUUUUUAGAUUCUUGUGCCAACUUUAACAAAGAGGUAAAAAUAGUUGGAGUUUUCACAAUAUUGAGAAGAGCAUCUUCUCAACAUUGUUUGGCAUCACUAAUCUAGAAACAGGAAGCAAUAGGAAAUUACUUGGAGAUGAGGAAGUACUAGAGUAGGUAUUUGUUUUGGUUAAUUAAUGGGAAAGAUUUUUUAUUACAAUUUCCAGAGAGAGAAAACAUCACCCAGGAAUUUUAAGAAUUCUUUAAACAGCUAUUUUGGUAUUGGAGAAUAACCCUUAUAGUUCUGCAGAAAUGCAAAUGUAAUCCAAGUGAAUUUAAUGUAAUCCAAGAGUGUUCUUAAUGUUUUAAAUGAAGGAAAUUAGAUUUGUUUCACCUGGUUCACAGCAAUAAGAGAAACUAAUGCUGCAAGAAUGUAUUUUUUAAUGAGGUUCCUUAUUUUGUCUUGCUCAUUUUAGUUUUGAAAGUCCUCCAUACUGUCAAAUAAUAUUGACUUCCAUACACAGAACUCUUAGUUCCCCUGUUCUCUAACAGGCAAAGAACUGUGAUAAACCAUGUUUGUUUUUAGGUUGUCUGCUUCUUAUCGAUAACAUGUAUUUUACAUGGCAAUAGAUUGAGGUUAGGGGAUCAGUAAACAUUUUUUUAUUCUUUUUUAUAGGGAGAUUUACAAAUCCCAUGUUCUAGAGUUCUCUCAGACAUUUAUGUAAAUUUCCCUUCCAUUAACCAAAUUUUGUACUGUUCUUUACAAGUACAUUUCUUAUUUGAUCUCUUUUUCUGCCUUCUCUAAAAUAGUAACUCCAGAUUUCAUAACCCCAGUUUUUACAUUCCAUAACUCUGGUAUAGCCAUUCCCAUUCAGCCUUAAAUCUUAAUCUUUCCAUUUUGGCAGCAGUUUUUCCUGGGAACCUCCUUCAUGGUCUUCUAAAUCAGCAUUAGUUUUCAAAUUGUUGGCCUUGCAUAAGUUCUGCAUAGCAAUCUAAUGCUGUCAAAAUAGUACCAGCUAGUAAUCACAGCACAUUUUUAGUAUGGCUUUUGUGACAAUGUAAAUGACAUGAAAACUGUCCUCAGGUUACCGUGCUGAAAUUCCAAAAUGUCAGAGUUUUGAAUGGUGAUCAAAACAGUUUGUUCUAGUAUUGAAGCAAUUAUAUUAGGAAAAAAAGUUAGUUGACUGACUGUUUUUGUUUAAUUGACUUCUGAAAUAAGUGUUCAAAUUGUCUAUUUCUAAAAAGUUUACUAAAUGCCUAGUGCAGUUAAACAUACUCUUGUUUAAGAGGGUGUUGCUAAAUUUUUUAUCAUUAUGAAAUAAUCUUUGUAGCAUCAUAUCUGUCAGCACUUUUCUCUCUUUUUAUCUCCUAUUUUCAGGAGUCAAAUGUAGCCAUAAGUUAGUUAUAUUCUGAUCUGACACUUUAACUAAAAAUGUCCAGUCAGAGGAGUUUGUUGCCAAAAUAAACGUGGCUGUCUUUAUUCCCCACACGUAGAUAGUAGUGAAGGUGUACUUCAAAAAUGUUGGGACUGCUUUAAAACCUGAGCAAUGUCAUUACUCCAUAAUAUGGACUAGUGAUGAAUAGAUAUUUUCAUAAGAGUUUAAAUGGUGAUAUUUCAUGGAAGCAGAGAGUAACUCGUAUUUUAUCAAUUCAAAUAUUCUUAGUACAGUUGCUUUCCCUAUUUGUUCAAUAGACUGAUGAUACUGGAAUCUUCAGAAUUUGAGCCUUUAAAAUGUAUGUGAAGACAUGUCUCACACAUUUCUGGACAAAUCUUAUUUUAUACUUCUGGAAGAAUGUAAAUCAUCUGGGCCACUUAAAACCAGUGGUCCCAAGUUGAAUAUUCUUGAGAAAUUUGUUUCCUGUUAUGCCAUUUGACAUUUCAAAUCAGUAAUCAUGUUCCUGUAAUAUUUAAAACAACUACAUUAAGAUUAUGAUAGAAACUGUGUUUUCUUGCUUUUUGGAAUAUAAUGCAUAUACAUAUAAUUACUUGAAUAUUGUUUGGUAUCACUAACAUGCCAGGGCAGUGCCCGCUGAUUUAGAUGGUCCAAUUCAUUCAGGAGGCUCGAAACAGAAAUGGUUUAGUCUUGUGAAUUUUAACAGUUCCUGUCAUCGUUUAACAAAAUCAACAACUGACACAACUUCUCAAGCUGUGGUUUCAGUCUCUGCUAGUUCAUAUUGCAUGUUUAUUUUGGACAGUCUUCUGUUAAGCAUGGUGCUUGUACUGGUUUAAAUAAAAUGUUAACAUGAAAGGACUUCCAGCUUUUCAUUUUUUACUCGCCGCCUCUCCCCUUUGGCGCAACUGUGGCAUUUGUGUGAGCCACACAGAUGCAGCAGUUUACUUUAUCCUGAGAAACGAAGAGGCAAAAUAAAUGGGAAUCACUUGGCAAUGCAGGAUAGGGAGAGAAAAUACGAUGAGAUUAUAAAAUUUUCUAAAACCUGGUCUGAUGCUAAAAUUACUCAUUUGUAGCAACU